AUGUUUAAGCGAAAUAUAAAAUAUUUGGGUCUUGCCGUGACAACACUAUUUUUCUUCCAUUGGGUAUUAAAUGCUACCAAUCCGAAGUCAGGUUAUUCGAGGUUCGAGUCUUCAGAGCAUUCUGAUGAUUUUGACAAGGAGAUAGUAAAUCACGAAGAGCAAAAAGUUAUUAAACAUAAUCCCCCCCAAAGUACACAACAUGGUAAAGUUAAAGCUGCCUUCGUGGUUUUAAUAAGAAAUAGUGAUUUACAAGAUUUUCGAGUUUCCAUGAGACAAUUAGAAGAUAGAUUUAAUCGCAAAUAUAACUAUCCAUACGUGUUUUUAAACGAUGAGCCAUUUACCGAAGAAUUUAAGAAAUUCACUAGCGCAAUAACCAAGGCAAAAACAGAAUACGGGGUGAUCCCUAAAGAACACUGGAGUGUUCCCAACUGGAUUGAUAUGGAUCAUGCUAAGAGUAGUAUGGAAAAAAUGCGAGAGGAACACGUAAUCUAUGGUGGCAGUUUGUCAUAUCGUCAUAUGUGCAGAUUCGAGUCUGGAUUUUUUUAUCGUCACCACUUGUUAGAUAAAUAUGAUUAUUAUUGGCGCGUUGAACCUGGUGUUCAAUUCUAUUGUGAUGUGGACGAUGAUCCAUUCUUGUAUAUGCAAAAUAAUGACAUCAAAUAUGGUUUCACUAUUUCAUUGUACGAAUACCCGAAAACUAUACCUACUUUGUGGGAUACUGUCAAGGAAUUUAUUAAGGAAUAUCCUGAGCUUAUCGAAAAAGAUAAUCUGAUGGAAUUUAUUUCAAAUGAUCAUGGUGAAACUUAUAAUCUAUGUCACUUUUGGUCAAAUUUUGAAAUUGGCGAUUUGAACUUAUGGAGAGGUAAAGCGUAUACUGAAUUCUUUUCUUUCCUCGACAAAAAGGGUGGAUUCUUUUAUGAACGUUGGGGUGAUGCACCUGUUCACUCAAUUGCUGCAGCACUUUUCUUAAAGAAACAUCAA